CACAAGCGUGCGUUUGAGUGAAUGGGCUUUGACUUGGGGCUUUUGUCCUUCAAUGCACCAAACUUGAGUCUUGAUUCUCCUCCCUUUUCUCACUAUUCUCCUAGAAUCUUCCUCAGUUUUUGUGGAAUAAUGGUAGUAGAAGAAAUGUGCUUCUUCAACAAGGAUGUUCUAGUAAUAAAGGCUCAGAAGAAAUCACCACUUGUAUUGAGGAUGUCAGUGUUGGUAUUCUCAAUGGUGUGUGGGGUUUUUAUUUGCUGUGUUUGUUUGAAGCAGAUAAGCACUCAAGCAAGGACUAAACUUUUGGAGUUACAAACCAUUCAGAACCCUUCUUCCCAGAGUGUACUGAAGAUAACAGAUACACACCUUCACUACCCUAACCCUGUUUCUUUUAAUAGGAAUGAGUGUGCUCGAAACCCUGUGCAUUUCUUUGCCAUAUUGUCAAACCAGAGGUCAGGGAGUGGGUGGUUUGAGACCCUUUUGAAUAGCCACAUAAAUGUGAGCUCAAAUGGGGAGAUAUUUUCUGUAAGAGAGAGAAGAAUGAAUGCUUCCACAAUUGUGAAGACUUUGGAUAAAGUUUAUAGUUUGGACUGGGUCAGUAGUGCUUCAAAGAACGAGUGCUCUGCCGCAGUUGGCUUAAAGUGGAUGCUUAAUCAGGGGUUGAUGGAGCACCCCAAGGAAAUAGCAGACUACUUCAACCAUAGAAGUGUUUCUGUAAUAUUUCUUUUGCGGAGAAACUUGUUACGCAGAUUGGUAUCAACGCUGGCCAAUUCGUACGAUCGUUAUGCCAAGUUAUUGAAUGGGACUCAUAAGUCUCACGUUCAUUCCACAAAAGAGGCUGAUACUCUAUUGCAGUACAAGCCUGCCAUAAAUUCUACAUCAUUGCUGACCAACUUGAAAGAUAUGGAGACAAGAGUUGCAAAGGCGUUAGAAUACUUCAGUGCUACUCGGCAUAUGAUCCUGUACUAUGAGGAUCUUAUACAAAAUCCUACUGAGCUAAAAGGUGUGCUAGACUUUUUAGGAUUGCCGCAGAUGGAGUUAACGAGCCGGCAGGUUAAGAUCCAUAGAGGACCGUUAUCCGACCACAUUAAAAACUGGGAAGAUGUUAACAAGACGUUGCAAGGAACCGCUUAUGAGAGUUUUCUCCAAGCUGACUAUUAAUUCAUGUAACCUCUUCUAACUCUUUUGGAAAGGUGUAAAUAUCAAGGACACUGAUUUCGUCCCACCAAAGAGUUCGGAAGUUUCGUCGACGCCGUUGGUAAGAAUGCUGCCGCCAUGUUGUGUUGCUUCUUUCUUUGACUGCCCUGCCUCUAUCAAUUAUCUGUUGAUGAGUUGCAUGUCUUUUGUU